AGACCGAUUUUCGAAUCCAUGCUUGUUAUCCAUGCUUAUCUUAGCUGUAGUGAUCGGAUAGUAAAAGGAAGUUUAACAGGAUGGGUUUGCCAGAUAUCUAUAGCAUAACAGUUGAAGGUGCCAAGAACUUCCGAGCUGCCAUCGAGUCUGAAGAAAGGGCCAGCUGGGCAUGGAUGGGAAAAUGGGGCUGGAUACUUGACGAGUACAAAGCGAUAAAUCGAGAACUAGCCCAAUUAAAGGAGGGAAGAAUUGUGGAAGAAGCAGUUACUGAAAUAGAAGACAAUCGAACAACAAGACCAUACAGUGAAACUGAAGGGCAUGAGUAUGGCUUCCUUACUAAAAAACCAGAGUUUCGAUUGGAGAUAUUUUCAUCUCCAGGGCUGACUCCAUUGCCAAAGACACUUCACCCUGCUCAAUUUUACAAGUUAUUGGAUGAGCUCAUGGAAGAGAAGAUGAAAAAGAAGAAGAUCUGAAAGACAAAAUAUCCAAGACGUUCAAAAAAGACAUUGGGUGACUAUAUUGCUAAAUUUUUUUGUUAAAAAUAAAGUUCUUUUGACAGUUUUUUCCCUCCAAG